AAGCGGCUGAAGGAAAAGAAAAGGGGGAAAAAAGGCCAGGGCCACUAUCUUCUCCCCCUCCCGCGCAGGGCUCUCUUUCUCUCGGACCGUCAGGCCAACAUGGCCACGCACGUUUUUCUCACGGGACCCCCAGGAAUUGGAAAAACAACAUUGAUUCGGAAAGCUGCUGAAAUUUUGAAAUCAUCCGGUUUCCCCAUUGAUGGAUUUUACACAGAGGAAGUGAGAGAAAGUGGCCGGAGGACAGGGUUUGAUGUUGUCACUCUGAAUGGAAAAAGAGGAAUUUUAUCUAGAGUUGGCUCUGGUCAUUCAGCAGCAAGGCAUGAAUAUCGAGUUGGCCAAUAUGUUGUAGAUCUAGCUUCAUUUGAACAGUUGGCUCUUCCUUUGUUGAGAAACACUGAUUUUGACAGCAGUUCAGUGAAAAAGGUAUGCAUAAUUGAUGAGAUUGGUAAAAUGGAGCUCUUCAGCCAGACAUUUAUUCAAGCUGUCCAACAAAUUUUGAAUGGAUCCGGGACUGUGAUACUUGGAACAAUCCCAGUGCCUAAAGGAAAGCCUUUGAGACUUGUGGAAGAGAUCAGAAAUAGAAAAGAGGUGAAAGUCUUCAGUAUUACGAGGGAGAAUCGAGAUAACAUUUUGCAAGAAGUUGUGACAGCUGUGGAGAACUGCCUAAAAUGAGAUGUUUGUCUUCACAUCCCAUCUUCUGCUGCUUAUAGUUUGAUGUUAUUUUCAUUAAUAUCUACAGCUUAAUUAACUUGGAAUAAGCUGUAGGUGUUCUUGUUUUGCGUGUGUUUUCUGAGGUUGAUUUCUGAAUCAGAAUUAAUUUGUUCAGGAAAAUAAAUGCACAAUACACAAGCAUAGCUACACAUUCACCAACAUAAUGAUUAGCUUCAUCCUAAUACUGAGAAUCCGGUCUUUAAACUGAUACCUUAUUUUAAUUGAUGUUAAUACUGAACAUUUUGGAACAAUAUGCUGUGGUUCAGUCUAUCUUUGAUCAGAUACUUUUUCACUUUUAGCACUACAUUGUAGAAGGAAGGCUUUUCCAUGAUGUGAAAACUUUUCAGAUUCUUAACAGCUAUUCUUCCACCCUCUUUCACUCACCCAGGGUCUUAUGCAGUAUAUACGUAUAUUAUGGGGUAUAUAAGUAUAUUAUGCAUGGAACAUUUUUCAGGAAUACUGUAAGUAAAAAAAGGGUAGGCAUGGAAAACUAGAAAAGGGGAGAUCUCUCAAAUGCCAAUGAAUUUUGUUUAAUUUACAAAACUCUUGAGUUCUUUUAGAAAUUUGUCAAGGCAUAGGUAAAGCAUUUUGAUUACUAGUUAUUAGCUUUUACACCGUUUGAAAAAUACUUUCCAACCACACACAUGCACACGCACACACGAUGUUGGUGAAAUCAGAUUUUCCAAAAUCCCUUUAUCCCUUCAUUUGUUUGUUCAUUCAUUCAGCUCUUAACUUCUAAACAUUUAUCAAAUAUUUUCUAGCUAUUUAUUACUAUGUGGAACAUAUUUCUCUUGUCAAUAAUUUUUAUUUCUCUACUUCAGCUUGACAUUUGAGGCAUCAGGUUAAAUUGCUGUUGUGCUCAGUAACAUGUAACAUUUUUUAAAUUUUUCAUUUGCACCUUUUUCUGUUAAUAAAGGAGCUAUAAAUUACUGUGACACAACAUGCAUCCCACAAGACCUCUGAAUGGUGUUCAAGCAAAUCACUUUAGCAUAUCAUGAAAGCUAAAUUCCCAGCCAGGUGCACAUGUUUUUAUACGCUGCAAUGUUUUUUUGGGCGCCAGCAAAAAAAUGUAAAGAUACUCAGCCACUUUUCUUUUGGAAUGUGAAAUGUAACAUAUGUUCAAUUAAAGCAUUCCUUAGUUAAAGGAAUGUAGAAUCACACAUUGUUUUCAAAGCUAUUUAUUUAGAUAGCAGAUGUAGUUAGACCACGAUAACAAAAAUCCAUUAGGUGAACUUUUUCUUCCAUGAGGCUACAGCUGAGAUCCCUAAACCAUUUUGAACUCUGAAUAUUUGGAAAUGUGUGAAUUUCUGGUCACACCACUACAGAUGUCUGCAGUGGGGGAGCUGCAUAGUUACAAAAGGCUAGUAGCUUGGCAAAGAAACUUAUACUAUACUAAGGUGUUAAUCUAUUUUAUACAACCGAGCCCAACCUUUCAUUCCACUGACAGACGUCUGGAGAAGCUUUUAUAAAGAUGCAUACAAAAAUUAA